GAGGCUCGGAGGCCGGGGGGCGGGGGCGGCGCGGAGCGGGCGGUGACGGCGGCGGAGGCAGCGGCUGGGCCCGGGCCCCGUGCGUCUGUCCGCGCCCGGUGGAUGUGAAUCGGCGGCGGCGGCGGAGGAGUCGGUGGGCCGGCGCCCGGCCUGUGGGAGCGCGGAGGAUGAGGCCGCUGCCGGGCGCGCCUGGCGUGGCGGCGGCCGCCGCGUUGUUGUUGCUGCUGCUGCCCCGGGCUCGGUCUGACGAGCACGAACACACGUAUCAAGAUAAAGAAGAAGUUGUUUUAUGGAUGAAUACUGUUGGGCCCUACCACAAUCGCCAAGAAACAUAUAAAUACUUUUCACUUCCAUUCUGUGUAGGCUCAAAAAAAAGUAUCAGUCAUUACCAUGAAACUUUGGGAGAAGCACUUCAAGGAGUUGAAUUAGAAUUUAGUGGCCUGGAUAUUAAAUUUAAAGAUGAUGUGAUGCCAGGUACUUACUGUGAAAUUGACUUAGAUAAAGAGAAGAGAGAUGCAUUUGUGUAUGCUAUCAAGAAUCACUAUUGGUACCAGAUGUACAUAGAUGACUUACCAAUAUGGGGUAUUGUUGGUGAAGCAGAUGAAAAUGGGGAAGAUUACUAUCUUUGGACCUACAAAAAACUUGAAAUAGGCUUUAAUGGAAAUCGAAUUGUUGAUGUUAACCUAACCAGUGAAGGAAAGGUCAAAUUGGUUCCAAAUACUAAAAUACAGAUGUCAUAUUCAGUAAAAUGGAAAAAAUCAGAUGUAAAAUUUGAAGAUCGAUUCGACAAAUAUCUUGAUCCAUCCUUUUUUCAACACAGGAUUCACUGGUUUUCAAUUUUCAAUUCCUUCAUGAUGGUGAUCUUCUUAGUGGGUUUAGUUUCCAUGAUUUUAAUGAGAACUUUGAGAAAAGAUUAUGCCCGAUACAGUAAAGAAGAAGAGAUGGAUGAUAUGGAUAGAGACCUAGGAGAUGAAUAUGGAUGGAAGCAGGUGCAUGGAGAUGUGUUUAGACCAUCAAGUCACCCUCUGAUAUUUUCUUCUCUCAUUGGUUCUGGAUGCCAGAUAUUUGCUGUGUCUCUCAUUGUUAUUAUUGUUGCCAUGAUAGAGGAUUUAUACACAGAGAGGGGAUCAAUGCUCAGUACAGCCAUAUUUGUCUAUGCUGCUACAUCUCCAGUGAACGGGUAUUUUGGAGGAAGUUUGUAUGCUAGACAAGGAGGAAGGAGAUGGAUAAAGCAGAUGUUUAUUGGGGCAUUCCUUAUUCCAGCUAUGGUGUGUGGCACUGCCUUCUUCAUCAACUUUAUAGCCAUUUAUUAUCAUGCCUCUAGAGCCAUUCCUUUUGGAACAAUGGUGGCCGUUUGUUGCAUCUGUUUUUUUGUUAUUCUUCCUCUAAAUCUUGUUGGUACAAUACUUGGCCGAAAUCUGUCAGGUCAGCCCAACUUCCCUUGUCGUGUCAAUGCCGUGCCUCGUCCUAUCCCGGAGAAAAAAUGGUUUAUGGAGCCUGCAGUUAUUGUUUGCCUGGGAGGAAUUUUACCUUUUGGCUCAAUCUUUAUUGAAAUGUACUUCAUCUUCACAUCUUUCUGGGCGUAUAAGAUCUACUAUGUCUAUGGCUUCAUGAUGCUGGUGCUGGUCAUCCUGUGCAUUGUGACCGUCUGUGUGACCAUCGUGUGCACAUACUUCCUGCUAAAUGCAGAGGAUUAUAGGUGGCAAUGGACAAGUUUUCUCUCUGCUGCAUCAACUGCAAUCUAUGUUUACAUGUAUUCCUUUUACUACUAUUUUUUCAAAACAAAGAUGUAUGGCUUAUUUCAAACAUCAUUUUACUUUGGAUAUAUGGCGGUAUUUAGCACAGCCUUGGGGAUAAUGUGUGGAGCAAUCGGUUACAUGGGAACAAGUGCCUUUGUUCGAAAAAUCUAUACUAAUGUGAAAAUUGACUAGACAUCUGAGACAACCUGGAACUUCGGAUCAGUUUCUCUUUCAUGAGGGUGGAACUUUCACGGAAAAGAAGACUAAGCGCAAGAAGAGAUUUGGGCUUAACACUGGGUACUUGUGGGUCUCUUUCAUGGAUGGCUUACAGUAACAUCUAUUUCCAUUGAUCCUAGGUUCUUACUGACUGCUUUCUCCAACUGUUCACAGCAAAUGCUUGCAUUUUAUGCAGUAGGCUUUACUACAGUACAUGGCUAAUCUUCCCCAAACUAGCUCAUUAAAGAUGAAAUAGACCAGCUCUCUUCAGUGAAGAGGACAAAUAGUUUAUUUAAAGCAUUUGUUUCAAUAAAAGAACUAGAGGGAAACUUGGAUGCUAAAAUUCCAUGAGUAGAAAUCUUCCUGGCACUUGGUGUUUCUGUGUUAUUGAAAAAUGAUGUUCCAGAAAGAUUACUUUUUUCUCUUAUUUUUACUGCCAUUGUUGAUCUAUUGUGGGACAUUUUUAUAUAUUGAACCUGGGUUCUUUUUGACCUGUUUUUGGUCGUCCCUCCAUUCAACUGCAUCUUUUUUUUUUUUUUUUU